GCAAACGCCCCGCCCACGCCGGGGCCGCCGCAAUCGCCCCGCUCUGCGCAUGCGCAGUCUCAGGCUGUCCAGGGAGAUCCCUGAGCCUGCGUGGGAAACCCGGGCGCUUCGCACCAGAAGCCUUUGUGGCUACUUCUUGGAGCCAUUUUUCCCCUCGGAGCUGUCCGCGGUUUUCCCUCUCAUGCUGUUUUUCGGGAAGAUGGGUUGUGCGCUUUGGGCUUAUUUCUGGACGGUCCCCGAAGGCCCCCGAAAGGACCAGGCCCGGACACUUGGGGCCUUGGGUUCCGGCCGGAAGUGGAGCUGUCGGGCCCCGGUUUCGGUUGUGCCGGGCCGGUUCCUGCGUGCUGCGUGCGCGCCCGGGUGGGCCAUGGGGCGGCGGUCGCGGUGCCGGCGGCUCCAGCAGCAGCAGCGGCCUGAGGGCGUGGAGGACGGUGCUGAGGGCGGCGGAAAGCGCGGCGAGGCGGGCUGGGAAGGAGGGUACCCCGAGAUCGUCAAGGAGAACAAGCUGUUCGAGCACUACUACCAGGAGCUGAAGAUCGUGCCCGAGGGCGAGUGGGACCAGUUCAUGGACGCCCUCAGGGAGCCCCUCCCGGCCACUUUAAGAAUUACUGGUUACAAAAGCCAUGCAAAAGAGAUUCUCCAUUGCUUAAAGAACAAAUAUUUCAAGGAAUUGGAGAACCUGGAGGUGGACGGUCAGAAAGUUGAAGUUCCGCAACCACUGAGUUGGUAUCCUGAAGAACUUGCCUGGCACACAAAUUUAAGUAGAAAAAUCUUGAGAAAAUCGCCACAGUUGGAAAAGUUUCAUCAGUUUCUAGUUAGUGAAACGGAAUCUGGAAAUAUCAGUCGUCAGGAAGCUGUUAGCAUGAUCCCACCACUGCUGCUCAACGUCCAGCCUCAUCAUAAGAUCUUAGAUAUGUGUGCAGCACCUGGCUCAAAGACCACACAGUUAAUUGAAAUGCUACAUGCCGACAUGAAUGUCCCCUUUCCAGAGGGCUUUGUUAUUGCGAAUGAUGUGGACAACAAGCGCUGUUACCUGCUCGUCCAUCAAGCCAAGAGGCUGAGCAGCCCCUGCAUCAUGGUGGUCAACCAUGAUGCCUCCAGCAUACCCAGGCUCCAGAUAGAUGUGGGCGGCAGGAAAGAGAUCCUCUUCUAUGAUCGAAUUUUAUGUGAUGUCCCUUGCAGUGGAGACGGCACUAUGAGAAAAAACAUUGAUGUUUGGAAAAAGUGGACCACUUUAAAUAGCUUGCAGCUACAUGGCUUACAGCUGCGGAUUGUAACACGUGGGGCUGAACAGCUGGCUGAAGGUGGAAGGAUGGUGUAUUCCACAUGUUCACUAAACCCUAUUGAGGAUGAAGCAGUCAUAGCAUCUUUACUCGAAAAAAGUGAAGGUGCUUUGGAGCUUGCUGAUGUGUCUAAUGAACUGCCAGGGCUGAAGUGGAUGCCAGGAAUCACUCAGUGGAAGGUAAUGACAAAAGAUGGACAGUGGUUUACAGACUGGGACGCUGUUCCUCACAGCAGACACACCCAGAUCCGACCUACCAUGUUCCCGCUGAAGGACCCGGAAAAGCUGCAGGCCAUGCAUCUGGAGCGAUGCCUUAGGAUAUUACCCCAUCAUCAGAAUACUGGAGGGUUCUUUGUGGCAGUAUUGGUGAAAAAAUCUUCAAUGCCAUGGAACAAACGUCAACCAAAGCUGCAGGGUAAAUCUGCAGAGACCAGAGGAAGCACCCAGCUGAGCCCUGCAGAUCCCUCAGAAGGGAAACCCGCAGAUCCCUCUAAGCUGGCAAGUCCGUCAGUCACAGGAACUGGUGACACAGAAAUAACUCAUGCAACUGAGGAUUUAGAAAAUAAUGGCAAUAGGAAAGAUGGCGUAUGUGGUCCUCCUCCAUCAAAGAAAAUGAAGUUAUUCGGAUUUAAAGAAGACCCGUUUGUAUUCAUUCCUGAAGAUGACCCAUUGUUUCCACCUAUUGAGAAAUUUUAUGCUUUGGAUCCUUCAUUCCCAAGGAUGAAUUUGUUAACUCGGACGACAGAAGGGAAGAAAAGGCAGCUCUACAUGGUUUCUAAGGAGCUGCGGAACGUGCUGCUGAACAACAGUGAGAGGAUGAAGGUUAUUAACACGGGAAUAAAAGUCUGGUGUCGAAAUAACAGUGGCGAAGAGUUUGACUGUGCUUUCCGGUUGGCGCAGGAGGGAAUAUAUACAUUGUAUCCAUUUAUUAAUUCAAGAAUUAUUACUGUAUCAAUGGAAGAUGUUAAGAUACUGUUGACCCAGGAAAACCCCUUUUUUAGAAAACUCAGCAGUGAGACCUACAGUCAAGCGAAGGACCUAGCGAAGGGAAGCAUCGUGCUGAAGUAUGAACCAGAUUCUGCGAAUCCAGACUCUCUGCAGUGUCCCAUCGUCUUGUGCGGAUGGCGGGGAAAGGCCUCCAUUCGAACUUUCGUGCCCAAGAAUGAGCGGCUUCAUUAUCUCAGGAUGAUGGGACUGGAGGUAUUGGGAGAAAAGAAGAAGGAAGGGGUUAUCCUAACAAAUGAGAAUGCAGCCAGCACUGGACAGCCGGAGAAUGAGGUGACUGAGGGACAGAGAGCAGGAGAGACCCACAGUCCUGAUGCCGGAGAGGCCGACAGCCUGGAGGUGACAGCAGGCUGUGACCUGGCGGAGGCACAGCUGCCCCGGUGAGCAGGCCCGAGGCAGUGAAAGCCCACACCCCUCACACACAGACUGGCCUCUUCCGGGUCACAGAACAGCCUGUGGCCUGUAAAGCUGUAUUUUUAACGGCUGCAGACUGGUGGGAUGAUAGCGUUCUGAGUGACCAGGGCUGCUUUCUUAUGGAGCUGAUGAAAAUGUAUUCUUUUAGCGUGUUAGAAAUGACUCAUUUUACUUUGUUUCUUUGGCCACACUGCGUCUAGUAUCUCUUGCUGGGAAUAGACUUUCACUGUUAAAGUUGUGCUUCUAUCAAGAAAUAAAACUGCCCUUGCAGAAAUUUCAGGUCUCUUGUUAAACCUGUAUUGGUCUUAAGGUCCAGUAUUUUUUAAAUUAUUAUUUAUAGGAAGAAUCUAUAACUCUCUGAAUUCUUGGGGAGCUGUGUUAUAAGCUUUAAUAAUUACACCAAGUUGCACAUUAGCCGUGUGACAUUAACACGCAGUUGGGUUAAUACCUGAGGCCUCAGAUGACUUUGUGCCUUUUGGGAUAGAGGGUAAAAUAAACUCCCAGAGUAAGAGCUGUAACGUGAAUUGUCAUACUAGUUAUUGAGGGGGACUUAUGUGCUUUUAUUGAAUGGAGUACUUUGCAAUUUUUAUUUUUAAAUGGGGUUGGGUUCCUUGGAGUAUUUAAAUAAAGUUAUUAAUCAUAAA